GCAGACAGUACAGGGGAUGACCAGAGACUGCAGACACAGUACAGGAGAUGACCAGACUGCGGACACAGUACAGGAGAUGACCAGAGACUGCGGACAUGCUACAGGAGAUGACCAGAGACUGCAGACACAGUACAGGAGAUGACCAGAGACUGCAGACAGUACAGGGGAUGACCAGAGACUGCGGACACAGUACAGGAGAUGACCAGAGACUGCGGACAGGAGAUGACCAGAGACUGCGGACACAGUACAGG